UGACUUUUGCAUAAAAUAUGGUUAAGGUGAAUACAUUAUUUUUGUUGGCUUUUAUUUCACUUAUGUAUAUAAAUUCAUAUUUAAAUGAAUUAAUUCCAAGUUUUGAAAAUCGAAUAGUAGGUGGUUUACCAAGCAGUAUAAAAGACUUCCCAUGGCAAGUGUCCCUUCAAAUGCGUGGAUUACAUUUUUGUGGGGGUUCCAUUAUUUCGAAUUUACAUAUUUUAACCGCUGCUCACUGCCUACAUUUGGUUAAAAAUGUUGAAUCACCAAUAGAAGUACGAAUUGGUUCUAGAAAGCUGCAUAAGGGAGGAAAGUUAUAUAACUCAUCAUAUGUUAUGGUACAUCCUCUAUACAAUCCCAAAAGCACAAAUUUUGACGUAGGUAUAAUAAAACUAAACAAACCCAUUAAACAAGGUAAUACAUCUAGAGCUAUCCAAAUUGUCGACGAGAAUAAAUCCUUUCCUACGAAUACCAUAGCUUAUAUUUCUGGUUGGGGACAUAAAAAAGAGAACGGCGAAAUUCAAGAUAAGUUGCGGUCGAGCAGGGUUAAAAUAAUAGACUAUACCCUAUGCAAAAAAUAUUUUAAACCUGGUGAAAUAUCCGAAAAUAUGUUAUGCGCUGGUAACCCGACAGGGGAGACUGAUUCUUGUCAAGGCGAUUCCGGAGGACCUCUAGUAAUUCAAAAUAAACUUGUAGGGGUCGUAUCUUGGGGCAUAGGCUGUGGAAGACCAUAUAGACCGGCAGUUUACGCAAACCUCGCCAACUUAAGACAAUUUAUAGACGAGGCCAUACGCAUAAAAUAUUAAUUUGUAAAUAAAAUUAAUAAAUAUCGGUA